GGCCGGCUAGGUGAUCGGCACUCGGUUGCGAGUUGUGACCUCUUUGUUCGCUGAACUGAUCGCGUGUUGAUCCAAACUAAAGCAGUCCAAAUGAAACGAGCCAUGUUGUCGCCUGUAGGCCCAGCUGUCCUGCGGUAGGCAGUAACCUCGGCCGAUUUUUGGGUCUCGCGUUCGUACCCACACUACCCCCCGUCGUCCUCCCUUCGCCGUGCCACCUCCCUUCCUCGUCACACUCCCCUCCCAUGGCGCUUCCCACCCCAAAACCCUAGCCCCCAAAUAACCCCGGCCAUCUGCCCGCCCACCCGCGGCCACCGGAUCACACCUCGCCGGCGGGGGGCCAGGGCCAGGCCAUGGAGCACCAUCACCACAAGCCCGGCCUGCGCGUGCGCCUCCGCAUCACCACGGCGCGGCGCCGCGCGUGGCUCUCCGCUGGCCUGCGCUCCGCGUGCCGCAAGCCGCCGCGCCGCGACCCAGCCGACUCCGUCCACAAGGUCGCCCGCCGCGAGAUCGGCGGCGGCCAUCGACGUCCGCCGCGGCCCGCGGCCCCCUCCUCCUCCGCGUUCUCAUGCCCCGAGAAAUUCUGCAACUUCCAGCUCCAGGAAGAAUAUGACACCUAUGAUGAUGAAGUCCAUUUUCUUGUCCAGCUGCCAUUUUUGUGGAGUAGAACCAAAAUUAUCGAGAUUGUUGCAGCCAAAGACAUUAUAUUUGCACUUGCCCAAUCAGGUUUAUGUGCUGCAUUCAUUCGUACAACAAACAAACGCAUAUGCUACUUGAAUAUAAGUCCUGAUGAAGUUAUUAGGAGCUUGUUUUAUAACAAGAACAAUGAAUCCCUUAUCACUGUUUCAGUUUAUGAAUCAGAUCAUUUCAGUUCGUUGAAGUGCAGAACAACUCCAAUAGAGUACAUCAGAAGAGGUCAAUUGAAUGAUGGAUUUCCUUUAUUUGAAACUGAAUCUCUAAAGUAUCCUGGAUUUGUUGAGUUUGAUGACGUUAAUGGCAAAGUAUUAACUUUUUCGGCCCAGGAUAGCACUUACAAAGUAUUUGAUCUAAAGAACUACAACUUUCUGUAUUCCAUAUGCGAUAAGAACAUCCAGGAGAUAAAAAUAAGUCCUGGAAUCAUGCUCGUGAUAUACCAUAAAACAAAUUGUAAUGUUCCACUUACGAUACUGUCGAUUGAGGAUGGAACUCCGCUGAAAACCUUCACUCAGUUGCUGCAUCGAAAUAGAAAGGUUGACUUCAUUGAGCAGUUCAAUGAGAAGCUUCUAGUGAAGCAAGCCAAGGAAAACCUCCAGAUUGUUGAUGUUAGGAACUCCGAUUUGAUUGAGGUCAACAAAACUGAGUUCAUGACCCCCUCAGCAUUCAUCUUUCUCUACGAAAACAAUCUAUUCCUGACAUUUUGCAAUAGGACAGUUGCAGCUUGGAAUUUUCGUGGAGAGCUAGUUACCUCGUUUGAUGAUCAUGAGUUGUGGCAUCCUAACUGCAAUACCAAUAAUAUAUACAUCACUGCCGACCAGGACUUGAUCAUCUCAUAUUGCAAAGAUUCAAAGCAGGUCCUUGAUGGUUUUGAUGGCGAGGCCAGAGAAGCUUCGCCCAUGGGAUCAAUUAACAUGAGCAACAUCUUUACGGGGAAGUGUGUUGCAAAGAUCUCCCCCAGUGAUCCUACUCUGAUGGUUGCUCCUCGAAAGAGAAGCGACAGCAGCAGAUCUACUAUCCGUAGCACUGUCUCUGAAGCUCUUGAGGACAUUACCGCCCUCUUCUAUGACGAGGACCGCAAUGAAAUCUACACUGGAAACAGUAAAGGCCUGGUGCAUGUCUGGUCAAAUUAACCUUGACAUCCACCCCCAAUCUUGUACAUACCCCUUGCACCUGGAUUUGUUUUCCCUUUACAUAACAAAUGUAAUGGCCAUCCGGUCUGAUUAUAGUGGGAUUGUAACCUCCUAGACAUUACAUCAUUGGUGGAAUAAUUUGAAUGUAGAGUUUGUUUUCUGGUAA